CGCGUCGGCGUCGUCAUCGUCCGUCUUCUCCGCCUCCGCCUCUCUUCUGCGUCUGCGUGUAGAGCACAUUAAGCAAAUAAUAUUCCCUCACAAAGCCCACUGAACUUCCCCUCCUCCUCCUCCCCCCUUCUCACUCUCCGGAAACCUUUCAUUAUUGCAUUUUCCUUCUUCUUCUUGCUCUGUAUCAUCGACGAGCUCCUAUCAAACCCACCACGUCGACAGGCAGGCAGGCAGGCCAUUCCCUCCCACCAUGAACCUUCAGGACUCUUCCUCCUCCCCCGACCCCCACCUCCCCACCAUCAAAAUCCACCACCCCUCCUCCCCCCGCCACCCCUCCGCUGCCUCUUCCGCUACCCCUACCGCCGGCGCCCGCCGCAAGAUCGGCGUCGCUGUCGACCUCUCCGAUGAGUCCGCCUUCGCCGUCCACUGGUCCGUCGACCACUACAUCCGCCCCGGCGAUGCCGUCAUCCUCCUCCACGUCAGCCCCACCUCCGUCCUUUUCGGCGCCGACUGGGGCCCCCUCCCCCACCUCCCCUCCGACGACACCAAUAGCCACGACGACCUCCAGAAGUCCCAGGAGGACUUCGACGCCUUCACCGCCUCCAAGAUCUCCGACCUCGCUCGGCCCCUCAGGGACGCCCAGAUUCCUUUCAAGAUCCACAUCGUCAAGGACCACGACAUGAGGGAGAGGCUCUGCUUGGAGGUCGAGAGGCUCGGCCUGAGCGCCGUGAUUAUGGGCAGCCGCGGUUUCGGGGCCUCCAAGCGAGGGAGUGACGGGAAGCUUGGAAGCGUGAGCGACUACUGCGUCCACCACUGUGUCUGCCCUGUCGUUGUCGUUAGAUAUCCCGACGAGAAGGAAGGCGGGGAGCCAGUUGUCUCAGUGAAGCCUCCUAUACUGGAGGAGGAUGAGGAUGAGGUGGCAGCUGCAAAACCUGCCGUUGAUGAGGCGGCCGAGCACAAAUGAUGAGUCUUGUCUUGUAACAGCAGCAGAUGUUCAAGUCUAUUGGUGGUGAAGCCUCUUUAAAAUCUGUCGGUUCUCUCUUCCAAGUUCCUUAUUGGGCUGUGUUUACGAAAUGCACUGUAAGCAGUUGCUGCUGUCAUGUGUUGCAAAUCCAACCAUUGACAAACUCAGUGACGUUAAGAACAAAGCUGUGCAAUGGUUUUCUUGUACACAUCUUAAUUAUGUUAGGAAUAAAGUUGAGGAAGGUGUCUCUUUGAAUGAUAAAUUCGAUCAAGGGAAGAACUAAAUUUUGUAGUUGUUUGUGUGCAAGCCUAAAAUCCUAUAUGUGCGCAAAAUAGUCCCUUCUUGGAUGAAAGAUCUACAAUGGCUAUAUUCCAAAGCAAGAGCAUAGUUAGUUUUUAAAAUAUGUAGUACAAUAAAUUAAUUUUUCCGAGCUCCUACGCACCCCAAUAUGAUGCCCUAUGGUCAAAAUAGAUGUCUCUAUGAGGAUCGAUGGGUUCUUUUGUUUUAGAGGAAAAGCUAUUAUUGAUGGUAUUGAGUGCAGAUUGAGGAAUUGUUACAGCAAAAUAUCUAGAAGAUCUUUUCAAUUAUUCGAAAAAUAGUGCAGUUGUAAAAGGAAGGCUGGGCAUGUAUUUGCAAACUAGAUAUCAAGAAUCAUUUAAUGUGGUUGUCAGAACUUAAGAGGUACUCAUCUGAAGUCUUGGCUUGAUGAAGUUUAUGAUCGAGCCAGCGUGAGUAUUUAGGUCUGCAGAAAUUGCAGAUGGCCAUUGGCCAGCAGAUCUUGUUUAUCUGUGCUGAGUUAAGCCAAAUUGACUUGCUUAGGAAAUGCAUCAUUUCACUAGUUCCUGUUUGUUAAUAGUGCUAACUGUUUUGCACUCCGUAAUACCUUGUUGAGACUACAGAAAGUUAAUGUUCGUACUGUUUUCAAUUUUGAGGAUCUCUUUGCUGUUCCCCAAGACCCAGUACUACCUGCUCUAUGACAUUGAGAGAUUUGAAAAACGAAAAGAAGAGAGAUUGGAGAGAAGGUUGUCAUAAUGGCCCAACUAUGCAGUCAAAUAUAGAAGAUAAGCUCUACGUAAUGGAAUACCUGCUUUGGGAAAUAUUUAAUAUAUACAAUCCACCAAGAUACUCAUCAAACUGUACUAUUCAUAGUAUCUGAUGCCUGUGAUCUGAUAUAUAUGGAAUGUGGCUUUCUUUCCUGUCCA